AAAAUUAAAAAAUAAAAAUCUCCGACUCCCCUCUCUGUCUGUAUCUCUGCCUGCCUCCAUUGAAGAAGAAAAGAAGGAAAAUAAAGAUGGAUCAUGCGGCGGAUGCACUGCGGACGGACUUGAUGACGAUAACGAGGUACGUGCUGAACGAGCAGUCGAAGCACCCGGAAUCUCGCGGCGACUUCACCAUCCUCCUCAGUCACAUUGUUCUCGGCUGCAAAUUCGUCUGCUCCUCCGUCAACAAGGCUGGUCUGGCCAAGUUAAUUGGGCUUGCUGGGGAGACCAAUGUUCAGGGCGAAGAGCAGAAGAAACUGGAUGUGCUCUCCAAUGAUGUCUUUGUCAAAGCAUUGGUCAGCAGUGGCCGCACUUGCAUUCUUGUGUCCGAGGAAGAUGAGGAAGCGACCUUUGUCGAGCCAGCGUUGCGUGGCAGGUACUGUGUUGUCUUCGAUCCCUUGGAUGGAUCCUCCAACAUCGACUGUGGUGUCUCCAUUGGAACGAUUUUUGGGGUUUACAUGGUGAAAGAUUUUACUGAGCCCACUCUAGACCAAGCGUUGCAGCCAGGGAAGAACAUGGUUGCUGCUGGUUACUGCAUGUAUGGAAGCUCUUGCACGUUGGUGCUGAGCACAGGGAGUGGAGUGAAUGGGUUCACUCUUGAUCCAUCCCUUGGGGAGUUCAUACUCACCCACCCUGAUAUUAAGAUUCCAAAGAAAGGUAAGAUCUAUUCAGUGAAUGAAGGGAAUGCCAAGAAUUGGGAUGGUCCUACAGCCAAGUAUGUGGAAAACUGCAAGUUCCCUAAAGAAGGUUCCUCACCAAAGUCUCUUCGAUACAUUGGAAGCAUGGUUGCUGAUGUGCACCGCACGUUACUUUAUGGAGGCAUAUUCUUGUACCCAGCCGACAAGAAAAGUCCCAGUGGCAAACUUCGUGUCUUGUACGAAGUCUUCCCAAUGUCAUUCCUGAUGGAGCAAGCUGGAGGUCAGGCUUUCACCGGCAAGGAAAGGGUAAAGACUUGUUUCCUACCCGUUGUCGUAUGAUUUGAAGUUUUUCAUAUCAUUGUUGAACUCAUGAUUCGAAUCUAUAUGGUAAAAUCAGGCACUAGACCUACUCCCAAAGAAGAUACACGAGCGAUCUCCCAUUUUCUUGGGGAGCUAUGACGAUGUGGAGGAGAUCAAAGCGCUCUAUGCUGCUGAGGCAAAGAACUAAUGGAUGGAGGAGGGAAUGGGUGUUCUGCAGCAUAGCUGUUGUGUCUAAUGGUGGACUUUGCAUAGAAUCUUAAAGAAGUUUCAACAAUUGUCAAUUCUCCAAUACAAUGAUAUACUUGUUUCUGGUCAUGUACGAUACAUAUAUAUACCAAUCCCAUAUUUUGAAUAAGCUACAAAUGUUGGUGGAAGUGUCCUGUUGUAGUCUGGUGAUGUGGUUUCCCUGGAUUGUUGAUUUGCAAUAAGCACAACAGGGGAAGUAGAGAUUUGCUCGUUGCAUAAAAAAGACUUUUGUAAGAUUAGAACUCAAGGUAGGUCGGUCUAUUUCACAUAAUAUUCUGAUAGGUCAAGAAGUGAUGCAAUUUUCAAAGACCAAAGGUAGGAAUAAAUGGACGGAGCUUAACCUUGAUAUGGAGAAAGUGUACGACUGAGUGGAAUGACGAUUUCUAUUCUCGCUAUUGCCGGCGCUGUUUCUUUUUCUUUUUGUGAACGAUGGCUCAAGACUUGUAAAAAUGGUAAGAUUGUAUUUACUCAUGAAUGG